AUGCUUAGCCCUGAAAACCGGGCGUUACAGCUUAAUAGAAUUGAAGGUGUUCCGACAUCAAGCUCUCCUCGAAAACAAGGGGGAGAAGUGACGAAAGCAUCUAGUGAACCAUCUAAGAAACCAACAAGUGGCUUUAAUGAGUAUGAACACAAGUCGAAUCCUAAUGAUCAGAAGGGUAAUGAAGCUUCGGCAUCAAAAGGUAAAAGAAAACUUUCUGAUGAUAAUGAUGAUGAAGAAGAGGAUGAAAAUGCAAAGCUAAAGCGAAAAUCUCAUGAUGCGGAAUUAGAUGAGAAUUUGCGAAUUGCCAGGGAAGCUGAAACACAAGAGAAGGCAGCUCGUGAAGCUCAAUAA